AUGAGCAAGCCACGAUGCGCGAGAGCGAAGGCGCGGCUGGCGAAAUGUGAGGCCAAGUUCAAAUAUGAGGACGGGAGGCGGCAGAAAAUGCAGGAACAGGCAGGCAUCAAGGUGGAGAUGAGCGGCGAGGCCCCAACUGGUUUCCUGUCCGGGAAAAUCAAAGCGAGGAAGGCAAAAACAAGGCUGGAGACGGUGAAAUUUCAAGGGAAGCAAUACGCGGGGGCGAAGGAAGCUCUCAAAGCGGCAUCUGAGUUCUACGCGGACCUGUUCGCGGUGAAGGCGGGGCCGAGAGGUUUGCCGGUGGACUUCAGCAUGGACAGAUGCUUCUCACCGGAGGAUGCAGAGGCGUUACGUGCACCGUGGGGCAAAGAGGAGGUCAAGCGUGCGCUAGCGGAAAUGGCGCCUGGCAAAACCCCGGGGAGAGACGGCCUUCCGAAGGAGCUUUGGGAGUCUCAGUGGGACCUCCUGGGCGGGCAGGUGAUGAAGUUCCUGAAGGAUUUCGAAUGGACGGCAGCGCUGCCGGUGGAGUUCUCGACGGCGGUAACGGUGCUCCUACACAAAAAAGGGGACAAGGAGGAUCUGCAGAAUUACCGGCCGAUCACCCUGCUUAGUACGGCAUACAAGCUUGUGGCGAAGAUUCUGGCGAACAGGGUAAAGCAUCUACUGGAAAAGGUGGUGUCGGCGGGGCAGUUUGGAUUCCUACCUGGGCGCAGCUUGGCUGGUGCAGUGGCGAUUGUGGCAGACGCGAUUGACGCGGCCAAUGCUGAGGGGAAGGAUUGGCUGCUGUUGCUGGUGGACUUCAGGAAGGCUUUCGAUUCGGUAUCACGAGAUUACCUGUUUGACGUGCUGAAAAGAAUGGGGUUUCCGGAUGAGUACUUGAAAUGGGUUGAGGGCCUACACCAUGGAGCGGCAACGCGCAUCUGCAAUGAUGGGUGGCUCGAAGACGAGGUCCUGGUCCAGUCUGGGGUAAGGCAGGGUUGCCCCCUUGCGCCCUACCUGUUUCUAUGCGCGGUGGAGCCUCUUUGCCAGGAGGCGCAGAGAAGGCAGCUCGGUGUGGACGUAGGUGGGGCAGAGAAGCUGACAUACCUGGGUUACACGGAUGAUACCACCUUUCUGCUGAAAGGGCGAGCACAGCUUGACGCGGCGGGGAAGCUGCUUCAGGACUUCGAACGGAUGUCGGGGCUGGCGGCGAACUGUGACAAGACUGUGGUAAUGCCUCUGGGGAAGCAGCGAGACGAACAGCCGCCGGCGGCCUCCCCCUUCAAGUGGGCAGCGCGGGACGAGCCAGAGCGCCUGCUGGGGGUGUGGAUCACAUCAAGUGGGGAUGCGAGGCCGUCAUGGAGAAGGGCAUUGCGGAGGAUGGAGACGGAGCUUAAGAAAUGGGAAGAGAAAUAUCUUACUACGACGGCGCGGGUAGCGGUGAUCAACGCGUACGUCAUGCCCAUCGCGCUUUUCCAAGCGCAGGUAGCGAGUGCAGGGCCCGGCUUCAUCCUGUGGAGCGCUGAACUAAUGCAGAUGAGGAGGAGUGACGGGGGGCUGGGGGUGAUUAACCUUCGCAAUCGGCUUGACGCGGAGGCUCUCCACUCGGCGGGCGGGCUCCUGAUUGAGGAGUCUCUACUGAGACGGUCCCUGGCGGAGAUGGCGGCGCGCCUCCCUCUCGGUUACGCGUCAUUCUACGCGCAUGAGGCCCUGCUCAAAGCAUGGGGAGGCGGGAGCGAGCGUUGGAAGGCGAUUGCGGCAGUGGUGUUGGCGUCCCCUAUCGCUCGCGACCUGCCAUGCAACACCAGAUGGGAUGUGGAGAAAGAGCGGGUGGUUUUCAACCGGCACAUUCUGCGAGGAGAAAGCUGCCCCUUCGGGAGGAGGAAGGAGGACGCGUGCCUACGCGACAUCACCGUGGGAGACUUGGUGAUGAAGUGGGUGGACGGCACCCGAAGCCCCAAGUCGCCGGAGCAGCUGGCGCGUCUGCUGGGCAGCAAAGAAGCAGCGGCGCUAGCAGCGACGGUUUUUGAAGCAAUACCGGAUGAGUGGAGGGCGCGGGUCCUGAAAACGCUCGACACGAGCGAAGUUCGCGAAGCAACCAGGGUGGUUCGCACUACAGGCCGCAGGAAGCAGCUGUGGUGGAUAACGGAGGUGUGUGGCAGCUUGUUAAGGUGCGCAAGGAUGCGGCGGCGGGGCGAUGGAGCGUCGUGGUUCGUGCCAGAGGGAGCGAGUACCUGCCUACUAUCAGCGUCGGCAGUCACGCCGCUUGCAAUGGCGGGGGAGAGAGUGGCUGGGGAGCUGGGAGACCCCCGUGUCAGGCUACUGGGAACAGACCUCUGUGUGGGGGACAGCGUCGCCUCCCUGAGGCAGCUGAGAGAGGAGCUGGAGGUGGAGCAGCCGGUGGUGCAGGCGCUGAUUGGCGCCAUCCGUUGGUUAAACCCGUCCAGGAGGAUAAAGUCGCUGGGGGACUUGAUGUUUCAGCGGGGGGGCACGUCAUCCGGCUUCCUAGAGCUGACGGUGUCAGCAAUCACUUUCCACCAAUUAUGGGUGGCGCGGUGUCAUGCAGUUUUCAGGGGCAAGAAGUUUCGGUGCGGAAAGGUGAUGCGGAGGAUCGUGACUGCUUUCUGCUUGCAUGCGCGGACCUACGAGGGCAUCAAGAGGAAGAAGGUCUGGGCGAAAAAACGACACGUGGCUAAGAAACACCUGGCGAGAGACGAGAUCACGGCAUUGGAGAACGUCAGCACGCGGAUUGGCAGCAAGCUUAUGUGGCGAGAUGACUUCAUGUCCAUCUGGACAGAUAGGAGGUUUAGGUUCAAGCCACCGUAG